GUGGGUUUUGUCGGUUUUUGUUCUUUUUUUUUGUUGUUUGCGUGGCUGCUUGUUUUUAUGUUUUUGUCAUCUUCUUCGUUCUUUUUUGUGUUCCCCCACCUUUUGAAAAGAAAGAAGGCACAAGGAAAAGGAAAAGGGGCAAAAACACGAGCGAAUGGGGAUCAGCCCCUCGAUCUGACGUUUCAUAUCCCCGUGUGCUCAGCUUGCCCUCACGGGCGCCUAUGCCACUUGCCUUUUUUACUGACGGCUGACGGAUGGGACGAUCUGGAGGAUCUGCUUUUUUGAAUUCGUAGAUUUGAUUUUGAUUUUGAGUUUGGGUUUGGGUUUUGGGGAGUGACUGAUUUUUAUUCAUGAUUUUGAUGCCGUCUUGACGUCCUGAUAUUGAUGCUUGAUAUGUUGAUGUUUGAUGCUGACAACCUCUUUUUCGUACCUUUAUUUUUGGAUCAUCCCUUCGAACGUAAAUCGACUACCACGAAACUCA